AAUUCAAUUCCAUCUCACCCACCAUCCUCUCUCUUCUCAAACCAUGUCAGGGUUUAUCAACAACCUCUUCUUCUUCUUCCUCCUCCUCCUCCUUCUUCUUCCUCUUUUAGUCUCUGCAGACUCAGGCUGCGAAUCCGAGAACCUCACAGGGGAUACCGCCAAGGCUUUGAAAUACAAAGUUGUUGCGAUAUCCACAAUCUUGUUAGCAGGCGCUAUAGGAGUUUGCCUUCCAAUUCUUGGGAAGAAAAUCCAAACUUUUCGGCCCGAAAACAAUAUUUUCUUCUUCGUAAAAGCUUUUGCGGCUGGUGUUAUUCUUGCCACCGGUUUUGUCCACAUUCUACCUGAUGCCUACGAGAGUUUGACAAGUCCUUGUCUUGCUCAAAAUCCUUGGGGCAAUUUUCCCUUUGCAGGGUUUAUCGCCAUGCUUUCCGCUAUGCUUACUCUCAUGAUUGAUUCAUCCGCUACCGGUUGGUUUAGUCGCUCGCACUUCAAGAAACCCUCGCCUGUACUCAAUUAUGGUGAUGAGGAGAAUGGAGACGAACAUGAAGGUCAUGUUCAUGUUCACACGCAUCCCACUCAUGGCCAUGCUCAUGGAUCUGCUGCCUUUAUAUCACAAGACUUUGAUCUUAUCAGACACAAAAUUGUAUCCCAGGUACUGGAGUUGGGCAUAGUGGUUCAUUCAGUGAUAAUUGGGAUUUCUUUGGGUGCUUCUCAAAGUGCAAAAACAAUACGACCUCUUGUAGCCGCAUUGACCUUUCAUCAGCUGUUUGAAGGAAUGGGUCUAGGGGGUUGUAUCUCUCAGGCCAAAUUCCAAACAAAGGCGAUUAUAAUCAUGGUGGGUUUCUUCUCACUCACCACUCCUGUUGGUAUUGCAAUUGGAAUCGGAAUAUCAGAAAUCUACAACGAAAACAGCCCAACAGCCCUCAUUGUUGAAGGAAUUCUCAAUUCUGCAUCUGCUGGGAUUUUAAUUUACAUGGCUUUGGUUGAUCUUCUUGCGGCAGAUUUCAUGAAUCCCAAAAUGCAAGCCAGCUUCACCUUGCAACUUGGAAGUAAUCUUUCACUUCUUCUGGGUGCUGGAUCUAUGUCUUUAUUGGCUAAAUGGGCCUAAUGUUUCUCUUUCUUUUUCUUUUAUUUUCUUCUUGUAAGCAAGUAAAUGUACAAUGUUCUUUUUCUUUCUGUCUCUUAAUACGCAGGAAAAAGUAAAGAAACUUAUGAUGAGGCACCACUGUUUGUUGGAGUUGUGUAUAUAUGCGGUAUGAUUUAGUUA